UAAAAUUUUCAGUUUUGAAUGGAAGUUGAAAUGGAGAGCGUAAAAGCCAGGAAAGAAUAGACUGUGGAUAGUAGCAGUUCUAUCAAGAUCCAACACAUCUUCUUCCCCGAAAAAAUGUAUGGAAAGGCCACUUGUACUAUCGUCAUCGUUCUCUUCCUCAUCGUCGCAUACUCAAUCUACAUCGGCACCGUUGAUUUGAGACCCUACUUCUUCCCUUUACUGCAAUCACCGCCCGGACCGUCCUCCUCCUGUUUGACAGACCAUCCUCUACGGGUCUACAUGUAUGAUCUCCCUCGGAAGUUCCAUGUCGGCAUGCUGGAUUCCCGGAGCUCCGACGUUAUGCCCUUGACCGCCGAGAAUUUCCCUAGCUGGCCUUCCAACUCCGGGAUAAAGAGGCAGCACAGCGUGGAGUAUUGGCUAAUGGCUUCUCUUUUUGGUGAUAGUAGUGAUGGUGAAGAAAGAGAGGCCGUUCGGGUUUUGGAUCCAGACUUCGCAGAUGCGUUCUUUGUGCCAUUUUUCUCGUCUUUGAGUUUCAAUACACACGGGAAGAAUAUGACGGAUCCAGAGACGGAAGUUGAUCGCCAAUUACAGGUUGAAUUAAUGGAAUUCUUGUGGAAAUCCAAGUAUUGGCAGAGGUCAGGAGGCAGAGACCAUGUAAUUCCUAUGACUCAUCCAAAUGCUUUCAGAUUUCUUCGGCAACAGGUGAAUGCGUCUAUUCUAGUUGUUGUGGAUUUUGGCCGCUAUCCUAGAAACAUGUCAUAUCUGAGCAAAGAUGUGGUAUCUCCAUAUGUUCAUGUAGUGGACUCCUUUCUAGAUGAUGAUCUGCCAGAUCCUUUUGAAUCUCGCAAAACACUUCUUUUCUUCCGGGGAAAUACAGUCAGGAAAGAUGAAGGCAUAAUUCGUGUCAAAUUGGAGAAGAUGUUAUCUGGAUAUGAUGAUGUUCACUUUGAACGGAGUGUAGCAACAACAAAGAACAUUAAAGCGUCUACGCAAGGGAUGCGUUCAUCAAAGUUCUGUCUGCAUCCUGCAGGAGAUACUCCUUCAUCUUGUCGACUAUUUGAUGCCAUCGUGAGUCAUUGUGUUCCGGUCAUUGUGAGUGACAAGAUUGAGCUUCCCUUUGAGGAUGAAAUUGACUACUCUGAAUUUUCAGUAUUCUUCUCUGUAAAAGAGGCAUUGCAACCUGAUUCCCUGGUCAAUGAGCUUCGGAGAUUUCCAAAGGAGAGAUGGGUUGAAAUGUGGGGGCGGCUUAAGAACAUCUCUCAUCACUAUGAGUUUCAGCACCCCACAAGAAAGGAUGAUGCUGUCAAUAUGUUAUGGAAACAAAUAAAAAACAAGCUUCCACAGAUCCGGCUUGCUGUACAUAGAAAUCGGAGGUUGAAAGUUCCAGACUGGUGGCAAUGAGGAUGGCAAUUUCUGGAGCUUUUACUCCUGGAGCACUGUACAUUCACAACUCGAUAUUGAUAAUCACAAUCUUUCCAGAAAUAGCUGCAAAUAUUGCUGGUGAACCUGGUAGAAUCUGUUAGUUUUCUUUGGAUCUAUACACCUUUCUCCUGCAACAAGUCACUGAUGAGGAUAUAUUCAGUUCCCUGUUUGAGCGACUGCUGCUGACUUAUUUUUCUUCAAACAUUUACUUUAAUUGGUGCAGAAAGUUAUUUCUCAAUUUUCUCAGUAACAUAACAGCAUAGGUAUGUACCCUUCAGGAAUUCAGUUAAUGCCAUCUGGUUGUAAUCUUUCUUUUGUAAUAUGUUCUAAAGAUUUAUUUUUAGACACUUUUGAUUUGUUCAAUA